UUUUGGGAGCUGAUUUCGGACGAACAUGGAGUGGGUCCGGAUGGAAGGUUCCACGGAGAAUCAGACCUCCAGCUGGAAAGAAUGAAUGUCUACUUCACCGAAGCAAUGGGUACGGCUGGUGGGCGCUAUGUUCCCCGCUGUGUUCUGGUUGAUUUGGACCCGAACAUAUUGAAUUCAGUGCGCGGUAGUCCGUUUGGACGGCUCUUUCGUCCGGAAAACUACAUAACAGGACGCGGUGGCACCAGUAACAACUGGGCGAAGGGUCGUUACACCGAUGGCUUAGAGGUGAUGGAUGCAGUUCUAGACAUCACCCGAAAGGAGGCCGAGGGCUGUGACCAGCUCCAGGGCUUCCAAAUCAUCCACUCCAUCGGUGGAGGCUGUGGCUCCGGCAUGGGAACGGCAAUAAUCGAUCAGCUGCGUGACGACUGGAACGACCGAAUUUUCAACAACUUCACCGUUCUACCUUCACCGAAGGUAAUCGAUUUUGCUAGUUCAACCAACUGCCCUGCCACAGUUGAGCAGACGGACAAAUUCUGCAAAUGCUUAGGAGUUCGCAUAAAGCUAGCUGAUAUUCUUUGUAUCAAAAGGUUCUUACCAGUUGGUCUAUCAAGUGCAAUCUAUUCACAGGUCUCGGAUGUGGUAGUGGAACCCUACAACAGCAUCUUCUCCCUCGACUACCUCAUCGAAACAAGCGACCUGACCGUCAUCCUCGACAACGAGGCCCUCUACAACAUUUGCAGCAACGUUCUCAAGCUUUCCUGCACAUUUGGAGACCUCAACCACAUCAUAUCUACCGGCAUCGGGGGCGCUACCACGUGCUUUCGUUUUCCCGGUCAAUUGAACUCUGAUUUGCGUAAACUGUCAGUUAACUUGGUGCCGUUUCCACGGAUACACUUCGUCGCGCCGUCGUUUGUGCCCCUCAGCAGCCGGGACAACCAGCCGUACAAAGCGAUAACUGUACCGAACCUGGUUCAACAAAUGUUCGACGCCAAGGUCCUCAUGGCGGCGUGCAACCCCCUCGCGGGUCGAUACCUCACUUGUUCUGCCAUCUUUCGAGGACGUCUCAGCGUCGCCGAGGUGGAGGAGAUGAUGCUGAACACGCAGGACAAGAAUUCAAACUACUUCGUCGAGUGGAUCCCGAACAACUGCCAGACAGCCGUCUGCGACAUCCCGCCGCGAGGAAUGAAGAUGUGCUCCACGUUCAUGGGCAACAACACGGCCAUACAGGCGGUGUUCAGUCGAAUUCAAAAAGCCUUUUCAGCCAUGUUCAAACGAAAGGCCUACAUCCACUGGUACACCGGGGAAGGCAUGGAUGAGUCCGAGUUCACGUCCACGGAGGGCAACGUCCUGGAUCUGAUCAGCGAAUACCAACAGUACCAGGAGGCGCCAGCUUAG